GUCACUUAAGAGAUCGGCACUACACUGUCUAUUUCUAAAGAAUUGUACAAAAAUGCACGUGGUGUGGGGAACGCAGAGGAGGAAAAUAAAAUUUGGCUUAUCAAGUUUCAGCUGCUUAUAGUUUUCAGUUUUUACAAACUCCAGGACAGAGACAAAAAAUGGUGCUCAAGCUGCAUGGUCUCCCAAUGUCAACAAGCACCACUCGUGUAAUGAUUUGCCUCCAUGAAAAAGGUCUUGAUUUCGAGCUCGUCCCGGUCGACCUUUUCGCCCGCGAAAACAAGCAGCCUCUUUUCCUUGCAAAAAAUCCCUUUGGUCAGGUUCCAGUACUAGAAGACGGAGACCUCACACUUUUCGAAUCCAGAGCAAUAACUGCAUAUCUGGCUGAGAAGUACAAGGAUUCAAGAAACGACCUGAUUAGGCACGAAAGCUUGAACGAAUCUGCGAUGGUGAAGGUCUGGUCGGAGGUUGAAUCACAUGAAUACGACCCCGUGGUAUCUCAGAUUGUGCACCAGCAUUUUGUGGCCCCCAUGAUCGGCAAAACCUCAGAUCAAACUGUGAUCGAUGAAAAUCUAGAGAAGCUAGGGAAGGUGCUGGACGUGUACGAGACCAGGCUGAGCAACACCAAAUACCUUGCCGGCGAUUUCUUCAGCUUGGCUGAUCUCCACCACUUGCCUUACACUUUCUACUUCAUGAAGACUCCGUGGGCUUCGAUCCUCAACGAUCGUCCCCACGUUAAGGCUUGGUGGGAGGACAUCUCUUCUAGGCCUGCUUUUGAAAAGGUGGCCGUGGGGAUGGUUUUUGGUGAGAAAUGAUUUUUGAUUUGUUUCCUUUCUAUUAUUAAUAUGGUUAAGAACUUGAGUUUGAA